AUGGCUCAAGACAGCGAGGUGCCCAAGGCGGCCGACAAGGGCAAGGGCAAGGCCGUCGACGAUGCGAAGAAGGACAAGCAGCAGACAAACGGAAACAAAGAGGACGAGAAAAUUGAGACUGCUGAGGAGGAGCUCAACGAGGAGGACCAACAACUGAAGAAUGAGCUUGAAUUGCUGGUCGAGCGCUUGACCGAGCCAAACACGGAACUUUACAAGCCCGCCCUUGAAGCAAUGAAGAACUUGAUAAAGACGUCCACGUCAUCCAUGACAGCAGUUCCAAAGCCCCUCAAAUUCCUACGACCGCAUUACGAGUCCUUGACGAAACUUUUCGAGCAGUGGCCCGAGGGCGAAGACAGGACUUCGCUGGCGGAUGUUCUUUCCGUCAUCGGUAUGACGUUUUCAGAUGAAGACCGACAAGACACACUGUUUUACAGACUUCAAGCGCCUUCAUCUGACAUCAGCUCGUGGGGCCACGAGUAUACCAGACAUCUCGCGCUUGAGAUUGGAGAAGUGUAUGGAAAGCGAAUCGCAAAUGACGAGUCCACCAAGGACCUGAUCGACUUGGCGCUUGUUUUGAUCCCCCUCUUCCUCAAGAGCAAUGCCGAGGCCGAUGCCGUGGAUCUUAUGAGCGAACUCGAAAUCAUUGAGGAAAUGCCCAAGUUCGUGGACGAGAACACAUACGCUCGUGUAUGCUUGUACAUGUCUUCGAUGGUGAACCUCCUCACCUACCCCGACAACGAGACGUUUCUCAAGACUGCACACGACAUUUACAUGGAAUACAAGCAGUUUGCACAGGCUAUGGUCCUUGCAAUUCGUCUACACGAUUACGAACUCAUUAAGUCCGAUUUCGAAAAGGCUGAAGACCCUGCCCUUCAGAAGCAGCUCGCGUUUCUAACUGCUCGGCAAAGGAUAGCUCUCAAUGCCGACGACCAGUCCGAAGAGAACACUGCCCUUGUAGAGUCCCUCGGCAACCUGAAGCUAUCGGAACAUUUCAAGUCACUGGGCAAGGAGCUCAACAUCCUGGAGCCAAAGACUACCGAGGAUAUCUACAAGAGCCACCUGGAGAGCAGUCGAGUUGCAGGAAUGACCAACUUGGACUCUGCUCGGCAUAACCUUGCAGCGGCAUUCGUCAAUGCUUUUGUGAAUGCUGGUUUCGGCAACGAUAAAAUGAUGCUCGUCGACGGUGAGAAGGAGACCUGGGUCUGGAAGACCAAAGCCGAUGGCAUGAUGUCUACCGUUGCCUCCAUGGGCACUCUUUUGAUGUGGGAUAUCGAGAAUGGGCUUGACAAGAUCGAUAAGUACACGUACUCUUCAGAGACAGAGAUUUCGGCUGGCGCAAUGCUUGCUAUUGGAAUCAUGAAUUCGGGCGUAGUAAUGGACUCAGAUCCAGCUAUUGCCCUGUUGGCUGAUCAGGACAAGCUUGAACAUCCUAACCCCCUCGUCAGGACUGCCUGCAUCAUGGGUCUUGGACUGGCUUAUGCCGGGUCUAACAAGGAAGAGGUUCUCGAGCACUUGCUACCCAUGAUAUCUGAUGCUAGUGUUGAUAUGCAGAUUUCGGCAAUGGCUGCUUUAUCCUGCGGUCUUAUCUUCACUGGCUCUUCUCACCCGGAAAUUAGUGAGGCCAUUAUUACUACUCUAAUGGAUGAUGAUCGCAAAAACCAACUGACUGACAAGUGGACACGAUUCUUGGCUCUUGGUCUUGGUCUUCUGUUCUUUGGACGACAAGAAGAGGUUGAUGUUAUCCUCGAAACCCUGAAGGCCAUCGAGCAUCCUAUGGCCAAGUCGACGGCCGUCAUGGCUGAGAUUUGCGCCUGGGCCGGUACUGGUGCUGUCCUUAAGAUCCAGGAGCUUCUCCAUAUCUGCAAUGAGCAUCAAGAGGAGUCUGAAGAGAAGAGGGGCGACGAACUUCUACAGGCUUAUGCGGUAAUUGGUAUUGCACUUGUGGCUAUGGGUGAAGAUAUUGGACAAGAAAUGGUCCUGCGUCAGUUCGGUCAUCUCAUGCACUACGGUGAGGCCAACAUUCGAAAAGCUGUGCCCCUUGCCAUGGGUCUCAUUAGCCCCAGCAACCCUCAAAUGAAGGUGUACGAUACCCUCUCAAGAUACAGUCACGACAAUGAUCCUGAGGUUGCUAUCAACGCCAUCUUUGCCAUGGGUCUUCUGGGUGCAGGCACCAACAAUGCCCGAUUAGCUCAGCUGCUUCGACAACUCGCCAGUUAUUACCACCGUGACCAGGAUGCUCUAUUUAUGGUGCGAAUCGCCCAGGGUCUCCUCCACAUGGGUAAGGGUACCCUAUCAAUCAGUCCCUUCCACACCGAUCGUCAGGUUCUGUCCCGUGUAGCGGCCGCUGGUCUGCUUGCUACUCUUGUUGCUAUGAUUGAGCCCAAAGAGUUUAUCACCGGCCAGUCACAUUACCUCCUCUACUUCCUUGUCACGGCCAUGCACCCCCGCUUCCUUGUUACCUUGGACGAAGACCUCAAGCCUCUCAAGGUCAAUGUCCGUGUGGGUCAAGCCGUCGAUGUCGUUGGCCAAGCUGGUCGUCCCAAGACAAUCACUGGCUGGCAAACUCAAAGCACACCUGUAGUGCUCGGAUAUGGUGAGCGAGCAGAGCUGGAAGAUGAGGAGUACAUCAGCCUCAACAGCACUCUAGAAGGCUUAGUAAUUUUGCGGAAGAACCCUGAUUGGGAAGCUGAGAAAUAG